UACAUUUUUAUUAGCAAAAAAUAUUGAUUGAAUUUUCUUUUAAUUUUCAUAUCUUUCGAGUAAUAAAUACUAAUAUAAUGUUUAAGUUAAUUGAACACAGUGAGAGAACUUAUUGAUAAGUGUGUUGCAAAAUUUUAAUGGUUAUCUAUAAAAAAAAAUAUAGGACUGUGAUUUGUGAAUUUGAAGAGGAUGGGCAACACAAGUAAGAAAUUGGCGGCAAAAUGCACAUUACUUACGAAAGAAGAACAGAAGUAUGUGGCACAGACAUUCCGAGCAGCGAGCAAAAAUUCAGAGAAGAUACGUGAGGAUGAUCUCAUCGUGAGUGGCAAAGUAGACGCAGUGUUGCUAGAAAAAUUCUGGGGUCCCCAGAUAGACCCGCGGCUGGCGCAGUACCUCUCCAACUUUCUGUUCGGCUCUGGACAACAGAAGUCACCCACUGUGGACUUCAACCGGUUCGCCGAAUUGUACGUCUAUAAUGUGAGAGGCACGGUGGACGAAAGACUGAUGGUGACCUACAACAGUCUCGGGAAGGACUACAAUGAGACUGUGGAACUCCCUUACCAGUUGAUAAAAGAAUACUGCGAAAGCAUAGCAUCAACAUACAUAAAGAUCCUCAAGUCUUCGAACUCCAGACGCGCCAAGACUUGGAUCGACAAAGGCUUCAUGGGCAAAGCGUCGCACGUUCAAGCGCUUGGGGAAGCCAUCGCUGCCACUGUGGGGGGUGACCUGGAAUCACCACACCACCAUUGCACGGCCGAUCAACUGUCCAAAUGGCUACAACUGAACACACUACUGAAACAGCUGGCCGAGUUGGUCUUCGUCAACCUUUACGGCAUCAACAAGAAAUCGGGAGAUGAGAGUCCAACGCCCAUGCCGCCCACCAUGCCUUCUCUACUGCCAAUGCCUGAAGGUCUAGAAUCAAUGCCGGACUAUCCGGCGUUCAUCGACCUGUCUCACAUAGUGUGGCUGAACAGCCACCUGCCCCAGAAACACCAGCACAAGUGGAGGUUCCUGUUCUCCACCAACAUCCACGGGGAGUCCUUCUCCACCAUGACAGGCCGUAUCAUAGACCAGGGCGCCUCUAUAAUUAUCAUCGAAGACAACUCGGGCUACAUCUUCGGAGGCUACGCCCCCGCCGCGUGGGCCUUCGCCCCCAACUUCACGGGCACCGACGACUCGUUCCUGUUCACUUUGACGCCAAAAAUGAGAAUGUACCCGGCGACAAGUUAUAAUGACCAUUACCAGUAUUUGAAUCAUCAUACGAAGACCCUCCCUAAUGGACUGCUAAUGGGCGGCCAAUUCGGCUUCGGCGGUAUAUGGGUACCGGCUGAGCACUUCGGCGAGGGCUCCUCAGCGGAGUCCUGCAGCACCUUCAAAGGGUACAAGAGGCUCAGCAAGGAGCCCACCUUCCACAUCAGGAGUCUCGAGGUCUGGGGCGUCGGGGACAAACCUGUCUUGGAGAAGGAUGAGGAUGAACGAGAUACAAGCAUUUUGGACGUGAACCCCGAGGCCAAAGCCAUUUUAGAUAUGGCGGGACGGACGCGCCAUAGUGAAGGACUGAGGGAAGAGAAGCCUUUAUAAUGAGCAUAGACAAGUUAGUCACCAUAGAGUUGGAUGAGACACCGUAGAGUUGAGUUAGAUAGCGUUGCCGAACUAUCGAUAGUUGGACCAUCGAUGGACUAUCGAUAAUCUACUAUCGUUGCUAUGAUGGACAAAAUAAGUUACGUCAAAUGUCUAUUAAGAUUAGGUUGGAAAAAUUUAAAGCGCUUUUGUUAAAUGUUAUUUAAAUAUGAACUUUGUUCCAACCAGAUAGAGCUGAAAAAAUAGUGUGAUCUAUUAACUGUAUGUAUCUAUACUAAUAUUAUAAAGCUGAAGAGUUUGUUUGUUUGUUUGAACGCGCUAAUAUCAGGAACUACUGGUUCGAAUUGAAAAAUUAUUUUUGUGUUGAAUAGACCAUUUAUCGAGGAAGGCUUUAUACCCAGCAAGGGAUAUAGACGUGAUUAUAUGUAUGUUUUUUUCACCUGGUCAGAAUUAAACCUAUUAUAUGUGAAGCAAAGAAGUAUGUGUGAUUUCUUAUCCCACACGGUGCCUUGCAAUGUCUAAAAAUCACGCUUAAAUGCGAUUUCUAUACAUUUCAAUUACUAUUAAUGUAAAAUGUAUUUGUAUAAAAUUAUGCGCAAAAUGGCAAUUGAGGGCUCUUUGAAAUAUUAAAUGUAUACAAUUAUUAUAGUUAUUUAAAAUAGUUUAAAUAAAACAAUCAAAUAUUGAGAUGCAGGAAUUACAAACAGCAAAACAGCUGAACAAAACCGAUCAAGAAGAAAAAAAGAAUAAUCAGAAAAGACAAGUAGUCUAUCAGUCUUUUCAAGGCUGACGGCUCUGUCUACCCUGCAAGGGAUAAAGACGUGAUUUUUUAUGCGUAAUGUAUGUAGGAAUUAAAACUUGAAUUUUGAAAAAUCAGAAAUUAUCCUCCAAUCUAAAGCAGAAGUAACGUAUCCGUACAUAAUAACAUAUUAAAAAAGGAAAUUCUAUAUUUAUCACAGGCCAAACAUAAACGUUUUUUUUUUUCUAGAAAUUACAACAAAACGAGGAAACUAGUUUUUGGGCAAAAUAAAAAAUCAUACAAAUAAAUAUUUGUAAAAUUCAUUUAACAAAUUGUAAUUUAAUUAUUUGUUAUUUAAUAUCAACCAUAUACACUGACAUAAAGUGGAUUCCCGCAUAUUGCUACACAUUGCGCAUAAUUUAUUGCAUAGAGUAGCCGCCAUUUUGUAUAUCUCACGCAAUUUUUUUAAUAAUCGCCAUUGUGUCUUUGCUAGGUAAUUUAAUAAAUUUUUGAUGUUUCCUAUAGCUUAUUAGUUUUAAAAAAUAUAUAGGUAAAUCCUUUAAAAAGUCGCAGUACUUGCGUAUUGGUGAUUUUUUUAUAGUUUUCAUGUAAGUUUUGCAAAAAAAAAACGGUUAUUAAAAAGCACACAUUUAUAAUCAACAUUUUUAUGAGAAAUAUUUCUCGCUUCUCGCCAUUUUUGAGUGUUGAAAUAUUUCUAUUUUUACGUUUUUUUAUAAUUUAUGUUACGUAGAAAUGUAACUAGAAAUAGUGUACUAUGAUGGCCACAUUUUUAUGCAUCUCAGUGUACAGUCAGGGGCUGAUGAAUCUGACAUAUCUGACAUUCUAUUGUUUACAGCUGUAUAUUAUACAGGUUGAUUUACCCCCGUCUGUACAUUGGAUAAAAGGUACUACGCAUCGUUCUUCGUUCGAUCGUGGUAUGUGUCCCGCUGAGGACAUACGGUUAUUUUUUGUUUUAAAGAUUAAUAUAUAUAAUUUUUUAACAUCGCUAGUCAUUUAGUCAUGAUUUAUGUUAGGAUUAUAAUGUUAUUUGUUGUCGCUUUACGCUUAUCUUUACAUUUCCAUUUAUUACAUUCACGAUAUCAAAACAUACCAUCAUGCUACGCUUUUUUUUUAGUGAAACACUAGUAUAUUUUUUCAUCUAUAGUCUUUAAUAUGUAGUUUUAAAAAGAUGUCAAGCUUCUUACUUUUAGAAAGUAAAAGGAAAUAUUAAAUUGGCGAUCUUUUAAGUAUAGUCUGUGUUAAGGGACUCUAUAAACAUUUUCGCUCAUUUACAAAGUCUAUAAAGUACGCUGAAACGUUAGGUAAAAAAAAAAACAAUAAUAAUUGACAUGGGUCUCCCCUUGUCAAUUAUUUUUGUAUUUUUUACGUCUUAAGGUUGGUGGGGUGUGGGAAAUCCUAGGCGCUCAAGGUCAUUGAGAUAGUAGAGAUCAUUAAUUCGCGAGAAAAACUUAAUUAUUUAUUGACUUUUCAGAAAGUAAUGACAAUAUUUUCCAUAGAAGCGACUUUAUCAAGCCCGACUUAUGUCUAUUUUAUUCAAUGUUGCCAGUCUGAACAUCAUAAUAUAUGUGUAUUUAUAAAAAUAAGGUAAGGUUACAUAAGAUUGUACUUAAAAGAUUUCCAAUGAUUUCAAUUCCACUGACAGCCCGAUUAUUUUUAACAGACGGUUGUAAAGCGAGCGUGAUAGCUUGUUUACACAGCCAUUUUGAAAAUUUACUUACUGCAAGAAAUAUACCUAUAGAGAAUAUUUUUUAAUUUAUUUUUUAACCGUAUUGUAAUCGUAUCGAGUGCCAAGAAAUGUUACGCCAUAUUAUUGUAAUAUUAAGAAAAUGUUUAUAUUAAAAUUAUCAACGACUAUCGCACAAACUGCUCGAUUAUGCAUUAUUUCAUAAAAAUAUUUUAUUAUAUUAAUGCUUGUUCUGUAAUUUAAAAAAAAAAACAUUUUUGAUUUUUGUAUUGUAACUUGAAAUUGAAGUACCGUUUUUUUUUUGAACAGGUAUCUAUAUUACCUGAAAAAUUUAUCACAUUGUAAUAAUCGUCUAAAAUAUUAACACAGUACUUAAUCAUACAUUUAAUGCCAGAUUUAAAACGAAAUUAAUUAAACAACAUCUGUCAUAUAUUUCAUGAGUAAAAUUGAGAUUGUAAAAUUCAUUCAAACUCACACUGAUAGGUGCUCUGGCAAAUCAUUUUUUUUAAAUCCAUAGUAUUAUAAAAAAUUCAAUACUACUUAUGUCCAAAGAUUUCCUAUUUACAUAGUGGUGGCGUAUGGUAUGUGGAUGUACCGUAAUAUGAAUUCGAAUGUGUAGGUUGUAAAAUGUAUUUAUUUAUUAAUUUAUUGUGAUAAUAAA